UAACAAUUUUACAAUGAGUCGGCCUAAUUGGCAACUGAUCAUCGUCACAUUUUUACUGUACCAAAGGAGUAUUAGCGGCCAAGAUACUCCUUCCAAACGCAUUGUAAAGGGUUUCCCUGCAGAACCCAAACAAUUUCCAUAUCAAGUAUAUAUUUUGAAUCUGGAGGACGGCCGCUCUCUCUUCGGAUGUGGCGCUGUUAUAAUAUCAAAUCGAAUUGUUCUAACAGCUGCUCAUUGCAUAUCCAAAGAAAUGAAUACUAUGGAAAUUUACUUUGGAACUGUGGACAAAUCUAAUAAAAGGGAAGUCGGGCAGCAACGAUUGAUAGUAAAAGCAAAGAACAUUUACGUACAUCCAGAAUAUGACGACAAUCAACUUAUAAAUGACAUAGCUCUCAUCAGACUUCCAGCCGAUCUGCUAUUUGACGAGUAUAUUCAACCUGCCAAGUUACCCGAUGCAGACGAACUUUAUGAGAAUGAAAGUGCUGUAGUAUCUGGAUGGGGUCAAACAAUUUUCAGUGGUCCACAAUCCAAUCAUCUGCAGUAUUACAAUGUAACUGUGUUUUCAAACGAAAAAUGUAAAAAUUUAAUGAUCGCUGUUUCUAAGAUUUUUCCGACUUCAUUUAUUUGCUUAAAACCAAGUCAAAGUACUCCAUGUCAUGGCGACUCUGGUGGUCCAUUGGCAAUUCGGAAUGAAGAUGGGAGCCACACUUUACUGGGUCUAACAUCAUUCGGUAAGCCAGGUUGCCCAACUAAUUCACCUGGUGUUUACACUCGAGUAUCAUCGUUUUUAAAAUGGAUAAAACAAUAUGAAUAAAUGAAAAAUUUUGUAUUUUCAACAAAAUACUAUAUCUAUUUA